AUGCUAAAAUUACACAGAGAAGAAGCAAACAACUUAAAUAAAUUAGAAGCCCCGCCAGAAAAUUUUUCUACUGCUAUGAGAGCUUUAUAUAAUUUGGUCUUCAAAAGAACUUCAACAUACGCUGUUGGAAUCAUGGCAAGCGUGUUCUUCUUCGAGAGAGCAUUUGAUGUUGGGGCAGAAUCGCUAUUUGAAUAUGCGAACAAGGGAAAAUUAUGGAAAGACAUCAAGGAUAAAUAUGAACAGGAAUAAAAAGCAUUGUUCAGUUAGAGUCACUAAAUUUAUUCAACUAAUUUUAUGAGAUGAAAUAAAAUAAAAUUCAGCAGAAGUUUACUAUCUAAUUGAUUUUUUUUAAUUCAUAUGGUUUUUGUUUCUGGCCGACAUAUCUGUUCAUUAUAACAGGAUGAAUUGUAGAAGGCUCACGAAGGAAAAUGCCACCAUCAAUUAUAGUCUUAAGGAACAAAUCAACUUUUCCUCCUUCCUUUGGCUUCAUAUUGCAAGCCAUUUCGCAAAAUCCGCUUUCCAAACAUCGUUGAGCAAAAACUCUUGCUAAAUUAUAAUAAGCUGAUGUAUCUGAUGUUUUGUAAAGUUGCUUCUUAAUUGCCCAC